UUAAACAGCUGACGAUUCUAACCUCAAAAUUUUCACGUGGUUCUUUAUUUGAUCUUUAUAAAAACAAAAAUCAAACCGGUUAAAUAAACUUUUUUCUAAAUAUUAAAACGCGAAUAACUAUUUUGUGUUUAAAAAAUUAUUUGAACAAAUUGUAAAAACAUUUUAUUUUUGUUUGAAAAUUUGUUAAAAGUGCAAAUAAAUUGGUGUUGUAUUGUUGUUGAUAUUAAAGUGAACAAAAGAAAGUGUAUGAUUGUUAUUUUUCGAAUAUAAAUAAAAUAAAGAAAAAUGAGUCUCUUUGUCAUUAACAGAUAUUAUGGAGAUGAUGAUGAGCAACAGACAGUUUCAGAGGAAAAUCAUCUUCAAGCUUUAAAAGCAAAAAUCGAAGAACGAAAACGAGAAAUGGAAUUAGAAACUUCCAAGAUUCUUCCCGAUGAAUCAGAAAAGACUCCAAAGAAAAAGAAAAAAAAGAAGAAAGAUAAAAAUGAUUCUGGAUUAAAUGGAUCUCUAAUUCAUGAAGAUUCCAUUGAAAAACAUGAAGAUUUUUCAAGUGACGUUCCUAAAAAGAAGAAAGCUAGUCAUAAGAAGGAAGAUUCUUUAAUGGAAGUAGAUAAAAAAGAAGAUGUUUCACAAGAGAUGACAAAUUUACACUCAAAUGGAUUGGCUGAAAGUACAGAAACUGGGAAAUUAUCUAAGAAAAAAAAGAAAAAACGAACCAAUGAUAUUGAUCAAAUAAUUAACAAUUUGAUGCCAGAUUUUAAUGAUUUAAAAAUGGAAGUGGACGAUUCAAUGAUUGAAGUAAACGACGAAGGAAAUCCUGAAUCAAAUGAAACUGAAAUUCAAUUGUCAAAAUCAAUUAAGAAAAAGAAAAAGAAAAAUAAAGAUAAAAAUGAGAAUAUCAAUGAAGAAUCGACUAAUUUGGAAAACAAUCUUGAUAAAUCAAAUGGUACUUUAGAAGAUGUGAGUAAGAAUUUUACAAUUUUAAAAGCUGGUAAACAAGCGAAAAGUGAAACAGUUAAAAGAGUUUUACCAGAUUGGUUGGCAAAUCCAGAAGUUGUUUCUUCUAAUUUAAAUAGUGGUCCAUCAUUGGAUGAAAUUGUUGAAAAAGGAAAAUUGGAUUUAAAGAUAAUUGAAAAUCUCAAGAGUCAAGGAUUCACAAAACUUUUUCCAGUUCAAGAGCGAUUAUUGUCUUGGCUAUUGCAAUGCAAUGAAAAUAGAAAAAAGGGUCUCUGGUCAAGAGACACUUGUGUUUCUGCACCUACAGGAAGUGGUAAAACAUUGGCUUACGUUUUGCCAAUAGUGGAAAUAUUGAGAACACGAUUUAUAAGAAAAAUUCAUUGUCUAAUUGUAUUACCUGUGCAGGAAUUGGCAUUGCAAGUAUUUAAAGUUAUUGAAAAGUAUGUGAAUAAUUUAUCAUUCGAACACACUCGUUUGAAAGUUGGUCUUGUUUCUGGAGCUGCCUCUUUUGAAAAAGAACAGGAAGCCCUUAUUUUUACAGAUAGUAAAGGAAAUUUUACCAGUAGAAUUGAUAUUCUAGUAGCGACACCGCGUCGUUUAAUAGACCAUAUUCACAAAACGGUUGGAUUUUCUUUGAAUGAUUUACAAUUUUUAGUUAUUGAUGAAGCUGAUCGGGAAACUUUUGAUUGGCUUCAAGAACUUCCAGCACCUCAUUCCAAAGCUCCAACUCUUACGCUCAAUAAUAUGCUAAAUAAUCCAAUUCCAGCACAAAAGUUGCUUUUCAGUGCAACUUUAUCACAAGAUCCUGAGAAGCUAAGUAGAUUAGGAUUGUUUCAUCCUAUUUUAUAUACGACAGCGAUAGUGAAAAGUCGUGACGAUGAUGUGAAUUUGGAUAAGGAAUUUGUUAACAAUGAAAUAAAAGAAGAGGGUGACGUUGGACGAUUUACGAGUCCAAAUGAAUUGACAAUAAAAGCAGUUCAAUGCGCUGAAGAAUAUAAACCACUUGCUGUUUAUAAUCUUUUGAAAAAAAUUGAUCACACAGAGGAGAAAACGCUUAUUUUCACAAAUUCCUGUAAUGCAGCACAUCGUCUCACAUUAUUGAUAAAAUCACUUUUGAGUGAUCAAAAUUUAACAAUUGCAGAAUUAUCGGGUCAAAUGAAUUCGAAAAAUAGAGAGCAAGCUUAUCAAAAGUUUCUCAAAGGAGAAACACGAAUAUUGAUUUGCUCUGAUGUUUUGGCACGUGGUGUCGACAUUCCGGGAAUAAAAUUAGUCAUUUCUUACGAUCCACCAAAGCACAUGAGGGCUUUUAUUCACAGAGCAGGUAGAACUGGACGAGCUGGAGUUCCAGGCACUGCUGUUUUUCUUCUUAUAUCAAGGCAGAUUCCAAUUUUUAAAAAAUUAUUCACAACAGCUAAAAGAAUUGUUCCCAAGAUCAAGGAAAAGGAUUUUACAUCUUUAGCUGAAAAAAUCGAGUACAAUAGUCACAUUGAAAAAUUAAAAGAUUCUUUAGAAAAAGAAACGAAGAUCAAUGAUAAAAUUGGAAGAAAAAUAAAAAAAGAAGUAAAACUAAAAUGAAAAUUAAAACCAUUAACAAGAAAUGAAACUUGAAUAAAAACGAAGAAUAUAUUUUAAAAACAUUAUCUACAGAUUAUGUAUAUAUUUUGUAUAUAAUUUUUUUCUUUGAGAAAUAUUUUUAUUAAAUCAAAAAAAAAAAAAAAUUA